AUGUCAAUGUACCAGAAAAAUCUGAAAAUUGGAAUUUUCGGAUUACUCUUUUGUGCCAUGGUCCAAAGAUGUGCAUGGUUUUAUAUGAAGGGAAAGCUUGAGAUCGGGUUCCCUAUUCUCUGCAUCUCCGACACAUUUUCCAUGUUAUCGAUUUUGAUUUUUCUUCUGGAAGGUUCCACAGCAUGCGAUGUUCGCUACAAGCGUUGGAAGGAAUAUUCAGUGUUUACUGUAGUUUUUACAGUAAUCAGCACUUAUACAUUGCUCAGGUUUAUCGGAGAUUAUUACGACCUAAUGUUUCACCUGGCCUACAGUAUUACUGUAGCCGUCCACAUCAUUGAUGUCCACGUGUUAUCAUGCAAUCAGAUUCGAGUGAAUCUGAUGGUCCCGGUGCCCAAAAAACCCCAGGAAAAUCAAUUGAUUUUGGGAGAGUCUUUCAUGGUUUAA